UUUUUUAUUAUACCUGUUUUGAUUUUCUUGUCGGAAGUCUUGUACCCACCACGUGACUGUGCUGGUAUACCACGCCGCUGUGGAUCAGGUGUCUACAAAAUUCAUCCAAUGCCGUCUAUAAAGUUCGAUGUCUAUUGUGAAAUGGAUACAGAAGAUGGCGGCUGGACAGUAAUCCAAAGGAGAUUAGACGGCAGUACAGACUUUUACAGAGGAUGGGCCGCUUAUGAAGAAGGAUUUGGGAAUCUUACACACAAUUUCUGGCUAGGAAAUGCAAAAAUUCAUACAAUAGUCGCAACUGGUAAUUAUCAUCUACGAGUAGACUUAGAGGACUUUGAAGGAACUACUGCAUGGGCUAAAUACAUUAAAUUCUACAUAGGAGACGCAACAACAAACUAUAAAUUGGAAGUAAGCGGCUACGAAGGAAAUGCUGGAGACAGUUUGACAUUCCAUACCGGAAAUAUGUUUUCUACGUACGACAGAGAUAAUGACAAAUAUGCUAAUGUUAGUUGUGCAGUCAGGUUUAAAGGAGCAUGGUGGUAUCUAGCAUGUCACCAAUCAAAUCUAAACGGGGCAUACUUAUCAGGUGGAAUGGGCUCUUAUGCUGAUGGAGUCAUAUGGGAAAAGUGGAAAGGAUAUCACUAUUCUCUAAAAUCAACAAAACUAAUGAUAAAGAAAUUGUAAACGACCAGCGUGAUAACACACACCUUUUUGAUAGAAAAAUUCAUAGACUCUUUUUUUAAUGUUCUCAUUUAAAAUUUUUGAAAACAAAUUGUUAGAAGGAAACAGUGACUUCGAGAAAGGUGUCUCCUUUGCUGAUGGAGUCACAUGGAUGACGUUGAAACGGCAAUUGUAUACUUUAAAAUCAACAAGACUAAUGAUAAAGAAAAUGUGAUUACCUAACUUUUGUAUUACCACAUAUUGUGAUAUAAAACAUUCAUAGACGUUUGAUAUAAUGUUGCCGCUUUAAUUAACAUUUAUUUACAUUAAUAACCUAGACAACUCCUUAUGUUAGCAUGUAGUGUUUUCUCUUUGUAUUUUUUGUUUUUUGUGUAUAAAAGGAUAAAAUCCA